AUGGAACUGCCUGGCUUAAAGCAUCUUGACCCAGAAGUUGAGCAGCCAGUUGAAGAGCCCCCAUUCAGUCUGUCAAGAUUUGGGGGUGAGCUAUUUCUUGCCCUUGUAUGGGGUCACUGGUGGAAUGCUGCUGUUCCCAGAGAUCCCAUCUUUGGUAUAGAUAUCAGCUUUUUACGCCUCCUUGCACCAGUCUUUGUGGCAGCAGCUGUGCACACAGUUGGCAAUAUUGGGAAUCAGCAGGGAAGUUUCAUGAAGCCUUUAAUUUCUUCAUACUUGUUGUACACAUUGAAUGGAUUCCAUGAUCGAGCAAUCACAAGUGCUGCCUUGUCUGCAACUAUUGGGUUCAACUGGAGAGCAAAGGAAUGGAGAAGAGUCAAAGAGCCCAAGGGAUCACUAAGAAAGAGACUCCUGAAGACUGCAGUGGUUGUGGUAUUUAGUUAUGGGUUGGUGGUAUCUUUCCUGUACUUCAACUGUGAAGUGAGAGACAAUUCAGGUGUGUCAACAAAAUGCCGUGAUGCUCUACAGAACUUCCUCAAUUCUCCAGCUUGGGUAGAUAUGAAAACUCAACUACUACGCAUCUAUGAAGUCAUAAAGUUGCAUGGAUGGUCUCGUGUCUAUGAAGAGAUUAUCAACUCCAUAGAUCCCUUAGGAGAGAAGAAAGCACUGGAGAUAUUGGAGCUGAGCCAAGGUGCUUCUCAGGAGAACAUCACAGCCCAGUAUCGUUCCUUGUCUCGCAAAUAUCAUCCAGACCGAUAUAAAGAUCCAGAAGAGAAGAUUAAGGCUCAGGAGAAAUUCAUUGAAAUCCAACAGGCAUAUGAACGGUUGUCAGAUAUUAAGACCAAAAGAAAGCGGGCCAACAAAAAACCUUCAGAUCAGGGAACAACAAAUGAAUUCAGCCAAGGACCAGAUGAUGUGAAUAAUGACGAUGAUGAGGAUUUCAUUCACGACAGGGACUUAUGAAGUCAUUUUUGCCAUGAUGCCAUUCAGUUAGAUAUCUUCAGUUUAGUUAUUUGUGAUAUUCCAAACACAAGACUGGGAGUCCUCCUGGUGUUCAGUCAUAUUUCAUGAUCAGACUCUCAUGCUUAUGAUGUAGUUUUGGGUGGUUAAGAUCUCACUUUCAAUCUUGUUUCAAUUAUCCUAACUGCUGGCAGCCUCUUUAUAAGAUUUUGCUAAAAAUUUUGAAGUGGAAUUUGAUUCCAGAAUGUUUGGGUUUAUUGAAUUUAUUUAUAAGAGUUUUUCUAUCUCACCAAUUGUGCCUUAAUUGGGUGAUCAUGGCUCUGUCCAUCUUGUGUUGUCUUCCAGUGGCAAUGCCCUCAAUUGGCUAUUCUUGCCCAUAGCUGUGCUUCUCAUUGAAAUUUAAUAGGCACAGGUGAUGAAUCGCGUGAUAAAUGUGAGCCUUGAGUUUAUCUAAUACUGCAACAAAGCAUAUGCAUUGUUGCCGUUUCCUUCUUUCCCCCCAUUUCUUAUCAUGUAUAAAGAUUGAGAGCCUG